AUGAGCGAAGAGUGUGUCCGUGUGGCGGUCCGCAUCCGUCCCCUGCUGCCCAGAGAAGUCCUCCACCACCACCAGGUAUGUGUAAGGGUGGUGCCGGACUCCGCCCGGGUGAUGCUCGGCUCGGACCGCCUCUUCGCCUUUGACCACGCGUUCGGACCGACAGCCACCCAGGACGAGGUGUACCUGAGCGGCGUCCGGCCCCUGCUGGGGUCGCUGGUGGACGGCUACAAUGCCACCGUCUUUUGUUACGGACAGACGGGGUCCGGCAAGACUUACACCCUGGGGGGGAGGAACCAGGACGAAGAGGGAGGAAUAAUCGACCGUGUAGCCCAGGAUUUGUUCUUGUUGCUGAAGGAGAGGAGGAAGAACAGCGAUAGUGUGGAAACAACGGUGCGAGUCUCAUACAUCGAGCUGUACAAAGAGGAACUUCGAGACCUGUUGGAGCUGCACACCACCCAAAAAGAGCUUCAUAUCAGAGAAGACGAGAAGGGAAAUACAGUGUUGGUGGGAGUCAAAGAGGUGGCUGUCACUUCUGCAGAGGAGCUGCUCAGUGUUUUAAUGGUUGGAAAUGCCCUGCGCCACACCGGCGCUACAGGAAUGAAUGAGCAUUCCAGUCGCUCUCAUGCCAUCCUCACCCUUCAUGUCAGCAUCUGUUGCCACCAAAACUCCUCACUAAUCUCCUCUAAAUUGUGCCUGGUUGACCUAGCUGGUUCAGAACGUGCUGGAAAAACAGCAAACACUGGAACACAACUCAAAGAGUCUUCCCAUAUCAACACAGGCCUGCUUGCUUUGGGAAAUGUUAUCCGGGCCCUCUCUGAACAGGGUCGAAAUCGUCGACCAUCUGCACAUAUACCCUACCGAGAUGCCAAGAUCACCCGUCUGCUACGAGAUGCACUGGGAGGCACCGCCCGUACGCUGAUGGUGGCAUGUGUGAGCCCAUCUCACCACUUUGUUGCUGAAACACUGAAUGUUCUGCAGUUUGCAUCCAAGGCACGUCGUAUUCACAACUGUCCAGGAGCAGUAUCCACUCAAACGGAGAUUAAAUCAUGCCUCACAACCUGGCACCCCAGAGAAGCUCGAUUGGAGGAGCUGGAAUAUGAAUUACAGACACUUAGGGGGCUUCUGAAAGAGAAGGAGAAAGAUGUGGAGAUGGAGAGAAUGAAGACUGCAGGGAAAUGUUCAGAAGUGGACUGCCUUGAUCAGUCCAGUCAGAUCAGGAUAUCUGAACCUGAGAAAGUGAGCAAAGAGGAAGCAGGGCAGUACCUCGUCUUGGCACAGGAAGCUGGAGUUCUGCUGACAGACAUCUCUGGUCCAUCUACAAGUCUCUCUUUCAGGCAGCGACUGAAAGAUUGGCAGGAGAGACUGAAAGCUGUCUGUCCAGCACAACAAACCAAUAAAGACUGUUCAGAAGGUGAUAGAAACGAAACUCACCAAAUGGAUAUUUUUAAACUUGAAGAGGAACACUCCCAUUGCCAGGAAAAUCUCCUCAUAAAAGAACAAUUAUUGAAGGAAAAAGAUUCAGAACUGAGACAGGUCGAGGAAGAAGUCGAGAAACUCCUUCAAGAGAGAAGAAGUCUCCUUGUGGCUUUAGAGGAACAAAAAGCGCGUGUUCUAAUGCAGUCAGAACAACUGGUGAAUCAGCAGAUUCUGAUUGACCGCCUUCGCAGCAAUCACAUGGCCUUUAAUGCAACAGCGUCAGGAGCAACUGAGGAAGCAAGGGCCUCUGGGUACUUGGUUAAAAGACCCAACAGCGUUCCCCUGAUCAGACACAACUCAAAUGUGCGCAGGCCUCCAAGGAAGAUUCACUCCAGUCCACCAGUAUAUUCACUGGAAAGGGUGAUUGCAGCUUUUAAGAUGCGUGGCCAUCUCCUGCUGGCUGAGAUCGAGGAGAAGGAUGAAGUUUACUGCCCAUUCAUUAGGCAACAGACAGAGGGAAAAGACAGGGAUCAAGAGGAGAAACAAAGGCAGGAGGACAGUUUUAUGGAUGGAAAGGGAUUCAGGCAUUCUUUAAACCGGACAUGGACCUGUCGCCAGAAGAAAUUACCUCUGAAAGAGAAAAUCUCUGGGCAAGAUGUAAAACAUAAUGGAGGCCCAUUAGUACAGCAGCUUGAGUGUACCACGGACACAAGAGAAUACCGAAGCAAGGAAAACCAAAUGAGGCCGGCCAGAGGAGUCAACGCUGCUGGGAGAAAGAUCCAUGAGCUUUCUGUCAACAUGUGCAUGAAGGAGGACCUUAUCAAAGAACUUGACAAAACUGAAAAGGAAUCUCAAUUGGUGGACAGACAUUUCCGGCACAGCGGUGACGGCAGAGAAGCAGGCGUGUUUGCAAGGCUUUCCAUGCAGAGCCAUCAGGUCAGAACCGAAGUUUACCACAGCUUGCAGCACAUGAAACAGCAGAUAACACAGCUUCAGAGCAGCAAGAGGCAGCUGAGAGAGAUCAGUCAUGGCAGCAAAGAGCUUCAUCACAGUGAGGGGCAAACUGAAGGGACUUCAACUGAGUGCAAAGAUUGUCCUCAGGGAGAGGUGCAAAACAUUAGUUGGAUGGAGGACCAGGAGGAGCAGGUUCUUCGGCGGAGAGCAGAGCUGCAGGAGCUGGAGGCCGAGCUGAAGAGGAGGGAAGAGGUAUUACUGCGCAGAGAAGCCUGCAUUCAACAGAAGAACAAACUAGAGACCAAGAUGCUACGUUACAGUCAGGCCAUGAGUGAGGACCUGCUGCGUGUGUCGAUGAGAUUGGAUACCGUGGAGGAGCAGCUUGAUAGAAGCAGAACCAUAAGAGAGCCUCAGGGAGUGACCAUAGAUGAACUGGAAAGAGAGAGAGAGAUGCUUCUGACAAAAAGAGAUGCUCUGGAGGCUCAGCUCAAGGACAACAGAGUGCUUACUACAGAGGAGGAGCAUUCCCUUUUUCAGCUGGAGGAAGCUAUAGAGGCUCUUGGUGCAGCUCUGGAAUUUAAGAACUAUUCCAUUCAGGACAAGCAUCUAGUCCCAUGCUCAUCUUUUCAUCCGUCGCAAAGCUCUCAGCCCGCUCAGUUCUGUGAUGUCACCAGAAGGCUGAAGGAGCUCUCUCCAAGUGAAACUUUAGAACUGCUCAUCAAAUAUUUCAACAAGGCUGUUUGCCUCAGAGAGACAGAGCGCUGCUUACGCUUGCGCUGUGAAGAGUUGGAGCUUCAUGCUGGCGAGGAAGAGGCGAUGCGAAAUGAGUUGGAGGCUGCCAUGCAGCACCUGGCCCUGGAUGCAGACCGCAGACUCACACAGCAACACAGAGAUCACCAGAUUAUAAUUCAACAAUUACUUAAAAAACUUAAAGAAGGUGCUUCAGGAGAGACACAACAGGCAGCACCAGACAGACUACAGACUCUGGAGAAAGAGCUUUUUUUCUACAAAAGCUCCACCCGGCAGCUCAAAAAGAAACUCAGAGAGCUUCUCAGUGAUGCGCUUCAGUACCCUCAUACCCAGGAAAACAGACAAAUGCCAUGCGACAAUCAAGUCAACGGAAAUUCACAGUUCCCUCACGAACAGACUUAGUUUUCCGUUAAGCCAUGGCAUCCUCCGCAAUGAUCACCGUCCCUACUACGGCCUCCCGUUUCGCCCUGCUCCACAUAGAAUCAGACACGGAUUCCGACACCUCUGAGCCGGGGAAAACGGGAAACGCCAAAAAUGGACGUGAUACCUCUGGGAAGCAUCGACAAGGAAAAGCAGGAGCAGCAGGAGGGAAAGCAGCUCAGGGCAAUGAUAAGAAGAAAGACAAGAAGAAGAAAAGGAAGGAGCAGCAGCAAAGUGAGGCAAAUGAGUUGCGCAAUUUGGCCUUCAAAAAGAUUCCUCAGAAGUCUACUGCUCCACCACCCUGUAUGACCCUGUCAGGAAUAGCCAGUGAACUUCUUCAACCUGUGUCAGCAGACAACAUGCCUUCGGAGGGGUGGCAACAGUGGAAGCAAAGAGAUGAACAGAUAACCACUGAACUAUAUGAGGCAGAUUUGGAAAAGGCGCUGAUCCUCAGUAAACUGGAGUUUGAACAAAAUAAACAGAGUAACACAAACGCAUCUUCGCCAAAAUCAAGAGGAGGAAAAGAGGGUGUGGGGAAAAAGGACAAAAAGAAGAAUCAGCAAGCAAAAGACAAAAAAACGGUUUCCCUGCAGGACUUUCAGGCUGAAGGCAGCGCAGAGCAUUUGAUUAGGAAGCAAGAGAAAGAGGACUCCAGAGAGGCAAACCUGGCAUUAGGAAUAGAGCAAGAGGAGCGUUUUUUUAAUAAAGUGGAAGAUGAUGUCAGUCGCAUUGUCCAAAGAGAGAAAAGACGUGAACAAUAUACAAACAGCCAUGGACAAGAAGUCAACACCUCCACAGAACAUGAACCAGACCCCCGAGCAGAACAGCUGAAGUACGAGUUGGAGAAGAAGGAUCAGGAGAUCGAUAAACUAAAGAAGACCAUCUCACAAUGGGAGGUGAAAUACAAAGAAGUUAAAGCAAGAAAUUCGCAGCUACUUAAGAUGCUCCAACAGGGAGAGAUGAAGGACAAAGCAGAAAUCCUUCUACAGGUAGAAGAACUACUGCAUAUUAAAGAAGAACUGUCAUCGCAGGUAACAUUAUUACACGCUGCCCUUGAACAAGAAAGAUCUAGAGUUAAAGGGCUGCAGUCAGAACAACCAAAACAUCAGGGAAACAAGAAAGGGAAGAAAGGCUCGGACAUGGAUCUAUGAAAGUUUCUGGGGGGGGGAGGGCUGUCUGAAAGGAAAAUUUAAUAAUCAUAUUAACGAACUGUAAAACACUAAUGACCGUAUUCAGGGUCCUUUUUUCUUUCCUUUUAAUCAGCAUGCAUGAACCCCCUUAACACACACACACACACACACACAC